UAUAGAUAGAUACCAAAUCUCACAUCAUUCUUCACCUCAAUAAACCUAACUUUCGUAAGUUUUUUUUAACUGCUCACAAUGAAAACUACUACUGCUUCUCUUCUUCUAAAUUUUGCUUUCAUUUCCUUAGCCACAUGCAUCCAAUUUUCUGCGGUUUCGGCUGCAUCAGAAGCUGUACGUGACAUCAAAGGCCAAGCACUUCGAAAGGGUGUCAAAUACUACAUACUACCUGUAGCUCGUGGUCGCGGUGGUGGACUUGUAUUGGGUAAAAAACUGAAUGGGACUCAAUGUCCACUUGAAGUAGUUCAAGAAAAACGUGAGAUCUCAAAAGGAUUUCCAUUAACAUUUACAUCUGUGAAUCCAAAGGCACAAAUCAUCCGUGUUUCGACAGAUCUUAAUGUGAAGUUCUCUGCUAGUUCUGUAUGUAUACAAUCCAUGGUUUGGAGGUUGGCAGAUUUUGAUGAAUCGCUAAGUAAAUGGUUUAUAGCUACAGAUGGAGUCUCAGGCAAGCCAGGUCCUCAAACAACAGGUAAUUGGUUUAAGAUUGAGAAAGAUGGUGUUGUUAAGAAUACUUAUAAGCUUGUGCACUGUCCUGGCGUUUGUAACUUCUGCAAAGUCAUCUGUAAGGAGGUUGGGAUUUACAUUGGUGCUGAUCGAGUUAGACGUUUGGCUUUGAUUAAUGAUGGGGAGAGACCUUUCCGGGUAAUGUUUAAAAAAGCAUAAUCAAUCCAAAAAUAAUCCAAGUUGAUACAUUGGCAUCAUGUACUUGUCUCUGACUUUGUUUGUUUGAAUAUGAAAAUGUACUUGAGAAUCAAUAAAAUAAAAAUAAUGGGUUUUCCCAUAACUCUAGCU